AAUAAUUAAUAAUAAUAAUAUUACGUUUUGAAUGAACGGUAUAGAAUAAGCCUUUCUAUUCCCGUUAAAAAAGAAACGGAGCCGUAUUAUUUCGUGAGGAAAACAAAAUAUUUUGCACUGCAAAAACCGGUUGAGGUUAGGUAUUUCCUGAGGCAAACAAACCAAAAUCCUUUGGCGAUACAUUGUGGUUGUAAAUCAGCUGUCAGAAAUCUUAAUAAGCCCAUCAGAAGCGGUUUGUUUACCUCCCAAUGGACUAAUCCAUGUGCAGUUGUGUUGGUGCGAGAUUGAGGUUAACUCGGGUGAUAUUUUUGACGAAUGAGGUUAUAUACAUGAGGUCGAUAACCACUGUGUGCGUGUUUUCUUUCGUAUACCUAUCGAAUAAUUUAUUAUUAUAUUCAAACUAUCUAAAAUGGAGUUAGUGUUGUGUUGUCGUCUUGUUGAGUUUAUCUAAUUGUAACAAAUAUUGUAGAUUUGGAUAUAAAUAAUUGAUUCCCUGAAUCUUCUUUGACCUGUAUAACACUGUAAGCCAGCUGACUAAGUGCGGAUAUGAAUACAAUCUUUUAAUUGUGCUGCGCAAAGAACACAGAAAACCAAGUGUAUCCAUUAUGACAGAGUUAGCCACCCAAAUUUUAAUGCCGGAAUCCUGCCGGUGCUGUUUGAUAGAGGAAAGUGAAAUGUUUUGCAUCCUUGAUACAUUGGACGAGUUCGAAAGUACCAUUUAUGACUUAAUCACAAAUCACAUCGGAAUAAUGAUUACAGAAAAUGACUGUUUUUCAAGGAGCAUCUGUAGGGCUUGUUUUAAUGAUCUAUCUACUGCAGUACGCUUCCGGCAGCGAUUGUUGGAAACAGAAGACAUACUGCGAAACACACAGAUUGAUAUUGAAAAACCACAAGUAAAGGAAUUGAGCGACGAAGCUGUCAACUCGCAACAAGAAAGUCAAAAAUCUGUUUUGAAAGAGAAGACUGAUUUACUCACUGUCGAGCCGGACGUGCACUCUAAUCUGCCUUCAGAAUAUAGUUCAACCGAUCAAAACGGUGAACACAGUAGCGGAACUGUGUCAUCAACACAGCAAAAGAGUACAAAACUCGAUAAAAAGCCUACUAAAUUGGUAGCUAAGCCUCGAAGACGUCCCAAAAAUGUGCCACACGAAUGUGAAAUUUGUGGUAAAGUGUUUAUUAAAGCCAAUCUUAGAAAACAUCUUCGGAUUCAUUCCGGCGAACGACCUUUCAAAUGCAACGUUUGUCCCAAAUCGUUCGUGACCAAAGAUAACUUAAAAAAGCACGAAAGUCUCCACACCAAUUACAGACCGUUUGAGUGUGAUUUGUGUGGCAAACGGUUUGUAAGUAACGGCCACCUAACGCAACAUAAGCAUUUUCACACCGGUAAACGACCCCAUCGAUGUGACAUCUGUGGGAAGGAGUACACAACAAGCAGCCAGCUUAGCUACCAUCGAUAUAAUCACACUGGCGGGCGGAAGUUUGCGUGCGAGCUUUGUGAUCAAACCUUUAUCAUACGGAGUAAACUGAAGAAGCACAUGUCGAAGCAUACGGAUGAGAAACCGUUUCAAUGUGAUAUUUGCGGAAAGAAGGUCAAAUGUAAAGAUACUAUGAUAAAGCACAUGCAAAUCCAUUUCGGGCCACGAAAGUGCGACAUAUGCGGGGAAGAGUUCGAAAAAAAUACUCCCUUUACGAAUCAUCGGAGAAUGCACAAAGAGGAAGCGUUGAAAAAAGGGUGAUAGAUGCUGUCCCAACAUGAUCCAUAGAUGCAUGUGUGUUGUUUGCUUGAUACAAAUUGACGAUAAUGUAUAUUUUGAUGGGGUUUUAUUACAUCAAAACGGAUAUGUAGGCAAUAUCAUGCAUUUAAGGGUCGAAGCUCAACAAGUUGAUAAGUUAUACGUUCUCAGGUUGCACCGAUUUACUUGAAUUCUAUCAGAAAGGAACGAUUCGAAAGGGAGUGAUUAAUCCUCUAGAGCCCAGUUAAACUCAUUACGGAACCGGUUCGGAUUUCUGAAUGGAGUCAUUAUGGAUUCCAAAUC